AUGUUAAAAGAGAGCAAGAGAUCUUCUCCAAUGGAUAUAUUGGAUCCAAACGAAGAUACAGAAUGGAAUGAUGCUUUACGAGACUUCGGCAUCAUCCCUCCCAAAGAAGAGGAAAAGGAUGAAAUCGAAGAAAUGGUUUUAAAAAUGCAGGAAGAAGCUUCAGUUAAACCAUAUGAAAAAAUGACCCUGGAAGCUUUAAAAGAAGCAGAAGAUACAUUUCAGGAAGAGGAGAGAGCCAUCGAAAUCUACAGGAGAAAACGCAUGCAGGAGCUUAAAUCUCUACAGAAAAGGCAGAUAUUUGGAGAACUUCUUGAGAUUCCUGGAAACGUAUAUGUGAAAGAAGUCACCUGUGCACAAGCAGAUGUUUGGGUUGUCAUUCAUCUUUAUAGAUCAAGUAUUCCGAUGUGCAAUCUGCUGAACUAUCACCUCGAAAAGCUGGCUAGGAAGUUCCCCGGAACGAAAUUCCUGAAAGCCGUUGUCGAUAGCUGCGUUCGCAACUACGAAGACCACUGCCUACCAACAAUAUUCAUCUACAGAAAUGGUCAGAUUGAAGGAUCGUUUAUCGGUGCGGAACAAUGCGGAGGGACAAGCCUGAGUCUGGAAGAAUUAGAAUGGAAGCUUGCAGAGGUCGGCGCGAUCAAAUCUGACCUGGAGGAAGACCCAAAGAAGACGAUUGUUGAUAUGAUGAUGUCAUCAGUCAAGAAAAGCAACCAAUGGAAAUGGCCGGAACAUCCAAAUAAAUAAUGGGGCUCUGCACCUCAUUCAGGAGGAAAUGAUCUGAUCUGGAAUUAGCUGUCAAAAAGACCACUGACAUCUUCUGGUGUGAACGAAUAAUGAAUAAAUAAGGAUGUUAUAGUGUGAGAA